UAACCUGCCCUUUUAUUGUCAUAGGAAAAGAUCAAGUAAGCAUUGGUGUUAUACCAAAGGUACAUCCAUAUUUAUCAUCUCAAAGUGCAUUGUCAGUACACACUGUUGGAAUUGCCAACAUCAAAGWAAACAGAGAAAAUCUCCAUUCCAUGAUAGYGAGUCUCAAAAAGCAAAAAGAAAUCAUCAAAAAGGAAGGAAUUGUAAUUGAUGGAGUACACUACUUCUUUAAAUUCAAAGUUGUUGUUGACUACAAAGACUUUUGUUUACUACUUGUAAAAAUUGGUGAUGACAAGUUUGAACUUGGGGGUAGAGGAUUUGGGGAGUUUUGCAUGUUUUGYCAUGCUUUAAGGCUAUGUUCUGCAUUUGAUCUGGCACAAAAUGAAGUUUGCCUGGAACACUUUGCCAUGACAAAAGCAAAUAUAGGAAGUUUUAAAGGGUUGAGAGAUGACCUAUCACUUCUCCUUGGCGAGGACAUGAUAUCCAUAAACAUUUGUGCUCUCCAUUGCGAAAUGCGAAAUAUGGAACAGCUCCUCGUUUCACUUGGACUAUUUUGUCUUGAGAUUGGUUCUCUAGAGGAGUGCAAUGCAGUGCUGAAGGAUUAUGGACCAGAGAACAUGAAGAGAGACAGGAURAGUGUCAAAGCUAAAGCUGGACAAGAAACUAAAYUUGGGAGGCACAAUGUUCAAGUAGUUUCUUUCUCAGGGUCUACCGAGAGAAAAAUACUUGACAAUGUAGAUACAAUUAUAGACAGGUCACUUCCAAUGGCAAAAUGACAGUCCCACUUUGAAGAUUUAGAAGCAGCUAGAACAUUUGUUCUUAACAAGAUUACUUUUUAUCAAGAACGUGURCUGUACUUCAAGUCUUUAAAGAAAAGUGGAAAGUAUGUUCGGGACUUUGGAAACCACCAACAAGAAAUACAGUUAAAAGACGAAGAAGGUAUU